AUUGUGGAGGCACAUUUAUUAAAAUCAGUGAGCCUGAAUCAUCAACCAAAAGUAAGAAGAGGAAACAGCAAAGUACUAAAAUAACAGACUAUAUUGUACUCGAUGAUGUGGAUGACAAUGAUAAUGCCAAAAAUACCAGCAGUGAUAGUAGCUUUAACAAAAAGCAGAAAUCUUAGAUUCGCAGCAAAGAUGGAAUGGUAACUUUUUCACUCACCGCUUUAUUUUUGCCGCUUUCACUCGCACGAUUAUUCCCCUUAUAUUUUUUAUUUCUGCUCGCCUUAUUUCUUAAUGAUACUUACUCUCUUACUCUUCUCAAAUUUCUUUGCUUGAUUUUCUCAUAUUUCCUCUUUCCUUCGCUAUUACUUAUUUAUUCCUACCUUGACAUAAUGUUUAAAUCUUUAAUAUCAAAUAAACCGACAACGUCCCUCCUACCGCAGCAGCAACAUCAGAAAUUGCCACUGCGACGCUCUUUUCUAAAAUCGAAAACCAACCCUUUUAUACCUUCAUUAUUCUCUUUACGAAUGUUUGUGACAAUACCUCCAUCAGUCUCAGUGAAAACGGCGUCGAAAGAAAACGGUAUAGCUCUUACGGAGAGAGCGAUUAACCAACUCAAACUUAUACAACAAAGAGAGAAUGAUACAGAUCAAAUGCUGCGAGUUUUAGUAGAUUCAGGAGGAUGUCAUGGUUAUCAAAAUAAAAUGGAAUUGACCAAGGCAAUAGAAGAAGACGAUAAUAUUUUUGAAAAAGAUGGUGUUAAAGUUAUUGUCGAUAACAUCUCUUUACAAUUCUUAAAGGGCUCUACUGUAGAUUACGUGCAAGAAUUGAUUGGUUCUACGUUUCAGGUUGUGGAGAAUCCAAACGCAAAGCAUAGCUGUGGUUGUAAUAUAUCCUACGAUAUCGAUUUAGAUAAAAUUAUGUAAAUAAAACAAUUUUUGUAAAAAUACCAUACUAGCCAUAACUGAAGAAGUGAAAGAUAUCAAGAAAAAGUUAUAUGUGCAGUAGAGGGUCAUAAAAUCAUCAUAAUAAAAAAGUCAAAUAGAAAUGUGUGUGCAGCAACUUUACAGUGCAUACGUUUCCCUCCAUAAGCAUAACAGGCACUUGUGAUUAGGCUUCCUGUAAUGGGGGCUGUAAUUCAAUAAAGUUUUCUUU